AUGUCUUACGUCUUGACUGAAACUGCUGCAGGUUACGCCCUCCUCAAGGCUUCUGACAAGAAGAUUUAUAAGUCUUCGACUUUGGCAACCGAUCUUAAUUCUGCUGAAAAAGUUCUAUCUCAAUUCAAGAUUAAAGCAUUCUCUAAAUUUGCAAAUGCAACUAAUGCAUUAGAGGAGGCUAACUUUAUUAAUGACGGUAAAGUCUCCGACCAACUAAAAAAGUUACUGGAAGGUGCAAAGCCGGAUAAAAAGACAACCUUGAUUGUUGAUGAUACCAAGUUGGCAAAUUCCAUUAAUAAACUGGGCUUGAGUUACUCUGUUGUUUCCGAUGCUGCUAGCUUGGACAUUUUCAGAGCAGUUAGAGAGUACUUGCCAGAAUUAUUACCAGGUAUGUCCGAUAAGGACCUAUCAACAAUGUCGUUGGGUUUAGCUCACUCAAUUGGUAGAUUCAAAUUAAAGUUCUCUCCAGAUAAAGUUGAUGUCAUGAUUAUCCAAGCUAUUGCAUUGUUGGACGAUUUAGAUAAGGAAUUAAACACUUAUGCAAUGAGAUGUAAAGAAUGGUACGGUUGGCAUUUCCCAGAAUUGGCAAAAAUUGUUGUCGAUUCUGUUGCAUUUGCCAAGAUCAUCAAGAAGAUGGGUGUACGUUCCAACUGUGAAUCAACUGAUUUCUCCGACAUCUUACCUGAGGAAGUUGAACAACAGGUUAAGGCAGCGGCAGAGGUUUCAAUGGGUACUGAAAUUACAGAUGACGAUUUGUUGAACAUUAGAUUAUUAGCUGAUCAAAUCAUUGAAUUCUCUCAAUACAGAGAACAAUUAUCCAACUAUUUGUCUGCUAGAAUGAAGGCAAUUGCUCCAAACUUAACUGCCCUUGUAGGUGAACUAGUUGGUGCAAGAUUGAUUGCACAUGCAGGUUCUUUAACCUCUUUGGCAAAAGCUCCAGCUUCAACUGUCCAAAUCUUGGGUGCUGAAAAGGCAUUGUUCAGAGCCCUAAAAACUAAACACGAUACGCCGAAAUAUGGUCUUAUCUACCAUGCUUCAUUAGUUGGUCAAGCAACUGGUAAGAACAAGGGUAAAAUUGCUCGUGUGUUAGCUGCAAAGGCUGCUGUUGCUCUACGUUAUGAUGCUCUAGCAGAAGAAAGAGAUGAUUCUGGUGACUACGGAUUAGAGGUCAGAGCAAAGGUGGAAAACAGAUUGAGCGCUUUAGAAGGUAGAGACUUAAGAUCCACUCCGAGGGUUCAAAAGGACAUGAAGAAGGUUGAGAUCACCGAAGCUAGAGCUUACAAUGUCGAUGCCGAUGCAACUGCUCCUUCCGCUGAGGAGAAAGUAGAAAAGAAGAGAAAGAGAGAAGAAGAUUCUGAUGAUGAAGACUCUGAUGACGAGGAAGAAGAAGAAAAGGAAGUCAAGAAGGCAAAGAAGGAGAAGAAAGAAAAGAAGGAGAAGAAGGACAAAAAGGAAAAGAAGGACAAAAAGGAAAAGAAGGAAAAGAAGGAAAAGAAGGAAAAGAAAGACAAAAAGGAAAAGAAGGAAAAGAAGGAAAAGAAAGAGAAAAAGGAAAAGAAGGACAAGAAAUAA